AAUGCAGAAAUCAAAAAUAAAGGGGGAAGCGGGCGAUAAAACCCGGGAAAAUCCCUAAGCACUAAAGAAAGAUACGCAGCAAACAAGUUUGUCGAGUGUUAUUGAUCGAUCGAGAAGACGAAAUGGAGAAAAGCACGAUCCAGGUCGAAGAGCUCGACGAAUCCGAUGAUUUCCUCCUCGAACUCGCCGCAAUCGAAGCGGAAGCAGAAGCGGCGUCGGCGGCGAAACGCCCUAAGGUCGCCGCUCCCGUCCCUGAGGGACCCUACAUGGCGGCUCUAAAGGGAAGCAAAAGCGAGCAUUGGCAGAUGAAUCCGCUCAAUCCCGCCUCCAAAUCCCGCGGCGGUUUUCAAGGCGUGAACUCGAACCCGGCUGCUGGAAACUACGGAUCGGAGGCCGGUGAGCAGGACUUCCCGGAGAAAGACUGUCCCUGUGGAAACGGUGUGUGUUCGAUUCUGACGUCGAACACGCAGAAGAACCCAGGCCGAAAAUUCUACAAAUGCCCUAAUAGAGAGGAACACGGAGGUUGUGGGUUUUUCCAGUGGUGUGAUGCUGUUCAGUCCUCCGGAGCUCAGCAUAGUUAUGGGAACAGUAACGAAUCCAAGUUCCCUGAUCUCCAGUGCCCGUGUGGUGCUGGAUUGUGCCGUGUUCUCACUGCUAAAACUGGGGAGAACAUUGGAAGGCAGUUCUAUCGCUGUCCUGUUUUUGAGGGCUCCUGUGGUUUCUUCAAAUGGUGCAAUGAUGACGCAGUCAAAUCGUCUACAACUUAUAGCUUUACCAAUAACAACAGCUUAAGUGAAUCAGAUAACAGAGGAUAUCAAACUGCGAAAACAGGCAGUGGCACACCCUGUUUUAAGUGCGGGAAGGAAGGGCAUUGGGCGAGAGACUGCACUGCUCAGUCUGGUAAUCCGCCUUAUGAAACGGGACCAGUACAGCCUUCCUCUGCAGCUGGACAAUGUUAUAAGUGUGGGAAGGAAGGGCAUUGGGCAAGAGACUGCACUGCUCCGUCUGGUAAUCCGCCGUAUGAAACGGGACUGGCAAAGCCUUCCUCUGCAGCUGGAGAGUGUUAUAAGUGUGGGAAAGAAGGACACUGGGCGAGAGACUGCCCUGCUCAAUCUGGUAAUCUGAAGUCUGAAUCAGGGCAAGUGAAGUCCUCCACUUCAGGCGGAGAGUGUUACAAAUGCGGGAAGCAAGGACAUUGGGCGAGAGACUGCACCGGUCAAUCUGGUAAUCAACAGUUUCAAUCAUCAGGGCAAGGAAAGCCUGCGACCUCGGGUGGAGAAUGUUACAAAUGCGGAAAACCAGGACACUGGGCAAGAGAUUGCACUGUGGCUGUUCAAUCCACAGGCGUUACAGGCAAAAGGCAGAGGCAGUACUAGGUCAGGCUUUCUAAGCUCCGAAUCUGAUCUGUGAUCUACAACUCUUAGGGUAUAUCUAGUGUAGUUAACGACAACUUUUGUCAUGUCUCAUGGUCGUGUCCAAAAUUUCGAAACCUUUGUUUUGUCUUCCAUCCUAUGACUCUUUCUUAGUA